CCACAUUUCAAUUGAACAAUAACCAAAAAGACCUUUGACAAGAUCGCACAAGCCUGCUUUAAUUUAUAGCAUUUUGAUUUUCACAUACAUGGUGCCGUUGUAGGUUCCUUAUCUUUCAAUUGUGUGUCACCUUUCACUUGGCUUUCAAUUACAGCGAUGGCGACACGCUCACUGGCUAUGGCUGCAUCAGAUUCGGAUGAUCAGAAGCUUCAUGUCGGAGUAGUCUAGGACCUGGCCUUAUAGACGGAGGAAGACAGUCGUUCCUUUUGGUGUCGGAGCUCCGAGUCACGCAUACGAGACCUAACUUGAAUAGGCUACUCACCGACACCACAUUUUGCUUUUCUGAAGCUCGUCCAACUUCGCUAACCUGUCCUGACGCUAAGUUCCUUACCACCGUGACCUUUUGUCAUCAGAGUGUGGAUGGCCUCCCCGGAAAAGCAAGUCAUACAUCAGGAUGGUGUCUCCGUGUAUCAAGAUGUACGAAAGACAAUUUUUGUGGUUGGUCUGGGGAUGGUGGGGAUAGCGUUCAUAGAAAAGAUGCUCACCUUGGAUGAAGCCAAACGAUAUCGCGUAGUGACAUGCGGUGAAGAGACCCAUUUAGCGUAUAAUCGCGUCGCACUCACAGAAUACUUUCAACACCGUUCUGUCGAGAAACUCUAUCUAAACCAAGUGGAGUGGUAUGCUCAACAAGAUCCAGAGCGCUUUCUUUUCUACACUGGAGAACGGGCUACCUCCUUAGAUACUGUCGCGCAUUCAGUUACGACCAGCAAAGGGCGCAAGAUAAGUUAUGAUUAUUGCGUUCUUGCCACUGGCUCCGAAAGCACUCUCCCGCCGUACAUUUCCCCGGUCGGGGCUGAGCGAGCUCGAGGAGUAUUCGUUUAUCGAAAUAUUUCUGAUCUCGACAAAAUAUUAUCGUAUUCUGAGCAAGAACAUGUUAAAGGUGGCCGCGCUGUUAUCGUUGGAGGCGGUCUCAUUGGACUGGAGGCCGCGAAAGCUGUAUUUGACCUUGAGACCAUUUCAGAAGUCGCUAUUAUCAACCGUCAACUCUUCCCGCUCUCGCGCCAACUUGACGAUGAAGGUGGAGAAAUUGUUCUUCGACGUAUUGAAGCCAUGGGCGUGCGAGUCCUCACCAGGACGACUGUCAAAGAUAUUAUCACUUCAGAUGAUGUCUUAACUGGCCUCAUCCUGUCAGAUGACCAACAUCUUAAGGCUGAGAUAGUCAUCUAUGCUAUUGGUAUCACCCCUCGAGACGACUUGGCCCGCCAGGCGGGCCUGAAUUGCGUUGAAAAAGGAGGUAUAGUUGUCAACGACCUGUUACAAACCAGCGCUCAAGACGUUUAUGCAAUUGGCGAGUGCGCGAGCUGGAAGGGCAAUACUUAUGGUCUCAUUGCACCUGGGGUGGAGAUGGCUAGCAUCCUAUCAUUCAAUUUGACUCAAGUUGAGACUGGCCUCGGUGGCUUCAAACCAAGGGUGAUGAACAUGCCCGACCUCUCAACAAAGCUGAAACUAAUGGGAGUUGAUGUUGCCUCCUUUGGUGAUUACUUUGCCGACAAACGUAGUGCACGGGGUGUCGUCACCAGUAAGGUGGCUGCUGCAGAGCCGCUUACUCGAGACAAAGCCGAAAAAGCCAUCUGCGCAAAACCUCCUGUAUGGGAGAUAUGUCCUCCAGAAACCAACUGUAGCAACGAAUUGAAGGAAGGCGAAGUUGCAAUCAACACUGUCACCACAGAGAUCAAGCGGGGAGGCCGCCAGGCCGCACUGGAUGGUCCUAUUGAAUGCUUGACUUAUCGUGACCCGUUUUCGUAUGUCUACAAGAAGUACAUCUUCACUCCCGAUGGCAAGUACCUACUGGGUGGCAUGAUGGUUGGUGACACAUCCGACUACGUCAAACUCGUGUCCCUGGUCAAGAAGAAGAAAGAGCUAGAGGAGCCACCAUCCAAGUUCAUCAUUGGAUCGGGCUCAAAAGGCCAGGACGACGGCGCUGACCUCGACGAUGACACCCAGAUCUGUAGUUGCCACAAUGUCACAAAGAGCGCGAUCGGCGAAUCAGUGAAAGCGGGCAUCAUCACUCUGUCAGACCUCAAGGCAAAGACAAAAGUUGGUACUGGAUGUGGUGGAUGUAUGCCUUUGGUCACGAACAUAUUCAAGGCAGAAAUGAAGAAAGCAGGACAUGCUGUAUCGAAUCACAUUUGUCCCCACUUUGGUAUGGCUCGACAAGAGCUCUUCAGCGUCGUGAAGAUACGGAAGUUGAAAACACUCCCAGAGAUCAUGGAGGCUGUCGGUGUGAAGAAAGAUUCACUCGGAUGCGAGAUAUGCAAGCCGGUUAUCGGAUCGAUCCUGUCGUCACUGUAUAACGAACUCGUGGUCGCACCUGUACACCACGCCAACCAAGACACCAAUGAUAAAUACCUCGCUAACGUUCAAAGGAAUGGUACAUUUUCUGUCGUUCCUCGAGUUCCUGGAGGAGAAAUCACCCCGGACAAACUCAUUGUUCUCGGACAAGUCGCAAAGAAAUACAACUUGUACACCAAGAUUACAGGAGGGCAGCGCAUCGACCUCUUUGGGGCUCAAAAGCAAGAUCUCCCGGACAUUUGGGAGGAGCUGGUUGCUGCAGGAUUCGAAAGUGGACAUGCUUAUGGAAAGGCCUUGCGGACUGUAAAGUCUUGCGUCGGUACCACAUGGUGCCGCUACGGAAUUGGCGAUGCUGUCGGAAUGGCCAUUCACCUUGAAGAACGGUACAAGGGCAUUCGUUCGCCUCACAAGUUUAAGGGGGGUGUGAGCGGUUGCGUUCGAGAGUGUGCCGAAGCACAGUCCAAGGACUUCGGCUUAAUCGCAACUGAUAAAGGAUGGAACAUUUUCCUCGCUGGCAAUGGUGGAUCGAAUCCGAGACACGCGACACUAUUUGCCACAGAUGUUCCUCCGUCAAAGGUUGUCCGCAUCCUUGACCGUUUUCUGAUGUACUAUAUCCAUACUGCCGACAAGCUCAUGCGAACUGCGAGAUGGGUAGAACAGUUUGAUGGUGGUAUUGAGCGGCUCAAGAAAAUUCUUCUUGAUGAUGCGCUCGGCAUCUGUGAGGAUCUGGAGAGGGAAAUGGGGGAGCUUGUCGGAACUUAUGCAGAUGAGUGGAAAGCUGUGGUCAAUGAUCCUGCGAGGAGACGUCAGUUCCGUCAGUUCGUCAAUACUGAUGAACGUCGCCCUCAAACGGAAAUCAUCAAAGAGCGAGGCCAGGAACGUCCAGCAGACUGGCCGAAACAAUUGCCUCCUGCCAAAUUUGGCGAAUCAGUCAUCGUGACUCCCAAAUCUGAGUGGGAGUGGCGAAAAAUGGCCACUGUCAAUGAUCUUGUGCCAACUGAUGACGCUACCACGUCCGCUGCUGUCAAGUAUGGUGACUCGCAGUUGGCUAUCUUUCACAUUCCCAGACGGGGCUACUUUGCCACGCAACAGAUGUGCCCGCACAAGCGGGCUUUUGUGCUUGACCACGGCAUUGUCGGCGACGACAUGGAUGGUAAUCUCUACGUCUCAUGUCCUUUGCACAAACGGAACUUUCGUCUUACAGACGGUAAAUGUUUGAACGACGAAGACUUUUCUAUCAUUCCGUUCGACGUGAAGCAAGAAGGCGAUGAUCUCCUCGUGCUCCUCCCCGAUUCAGACAAGUUGGAUGCAGUCAUUGGAACAAGUAAAUGGAUGAUCAAACAAGCUUCGGCUGAGCUUGCUUCUCGCGGUGGUGGAGAAGGGAUCGAAAUUGUCGGUGCUGGACCCGGUCUAUCUGAGAGUGGGUCUGCGUGCUCUGGGGGACCAAGUCCGUGCAAUGGUGGAAAUGCAUCAUUGGAUUGGUGAUUCACCUUGUUGAGAAGCAUUUUGCAUUUUUGCAGAUGCAAAUAGCCAUCUCGUUCUUCUGGUCAGUAGGUUGUAGGCAUGGUUGUAAGUUCAUUGGACUAUCUGUGUGUUUCCGUUGUUGCUCCGUGUAAAUUAUCAGAUAAAAUUUCGGAUACAAUUA